UUCGCCGGCUGGUCCGUUGAUUGUGAUUUCGUUGAUCAGCUUGCUCGCGUUCCAGCCGUGCCACCCGGCUUCUCGUCACCACCCCGUUCCUUUACCAGUGCCGCCUCUUUUUUAGAGCCCCGUAAUUGACUCUCGCCCCGGCUGCAUGGUUGUCGUAGUCUCCGCUGGCAUGAGGUCCUCCUAGCUUUUUCCUAGUCCCACACCAUGACAACCAAGACAUGGUAACCUUCUCACUUCCCCCCCUCCGCCUUCGGCGACCACCCCGAUGCCGCACUACCAUACCACAACACUCAGCUCUCCUUUGAUUCACCUCACUACCAUCUCAUGAAUUUUGAUCAUCGACCUCUAUCAAUGUCUCUGGACACCAGCCCUGAGCAAGAUGCUCUGGUCAACGAUGUCUCCAGACAGAUGGCUGCCUCGCAACUCACCCGCAGGUACUCUCGUAGCUCCGGAAGCCAAUCUGGGCGUCGACCUGCGCGAGUUGAAAAACCUCGAAGCAACCACAACAGCCCUAGGACAUUGGAAAGGAGGAAAACGACAAGUGGAACUAAGCGAUACGCAACCCUGGACGACCAUUACAACAUGAUGUUCGGUGUGGCAGGAGGAGAAGAAGGGGCUGCUGAAGACCGACGAGAGCCGUCACGACCUUUGAGCUGGCAUCCAUCAUCCACACAUCCUCAGGGGCAAUCUCGAUCAUCAAUGCCAGGUCCCCUGCCAAACCAUAACCAAGGUGACUGGGCACCAUUCCAAUCAGCUGUCUCUCGCAUCUCUGGAUUCGAGUCAGAAUUUGAAUCGAUAUCAGCGCGGAGUUCUGUCUACCAGGAUAGCAACCCACGCUUCAGCAGCACCGCACAGACCGAGUCUAGCUGGCAAGAAGCGCGCCAACAAAUAUCGGUCACCCCAUACACUUCGAACACUCAUACAGAUGGACGAGUCGGGCCAACACCGUGGUAUCUUCAGAACUGGGCGAAGAUGGUCCAAGCUCAGGCACAGUGUUCAAGGCCGGAAUCGAUGGAGUUCCUUCCGAUCCAACAUCCUUCGGCCCACACACAUGGACAGAACCAGUCAGCCUUUGACGACGAUGAGUCAGAAGAAGAUAGCGAUGGAGACCUGGUCGGCAUGGGCCUCUACGAUCCUCCCGAAGGAAUCCAAGUCUGGCAACCAUCUGCAUUAUGUCAAGGAACAGGAAAAGGAUUGAAGCUGGAAGAAACUUGGCAACCACCCGAACAAAUGGAAGACGGGGACGACGCGAGCUCGGAUGAUGGAAGCGUCGAUGAUCCGCUUGCAAAGGACGAAGACCAUUGGUCUUUGAAGGCAAACGAGGUGGUCCCUGCCAACAUGGACGGAAAGAGCUUCUUUUUUGAUGACGAGGAGACAUACACCAAAGAGCCAUGGUUUCAGCAAGUGAAGCAACCAACGGUGCAGGACACCGACCUAGCAUAUGGAUGGCUGUGAAUAUGAAGGAGUGUUUUGAGCUCGAGGCCGACGUCGAAUCAAUGUUUCAGCGUAGCUUGGAGUUUGGGAAAAGGGAUCGAUUAUAC